GGCAACAAGACUGUGAGUUUUACCAAAAGAAAGACGACAUUGAGCCGAGUUGUGUUGUUCGGUCGAGGCGCCUCACCUUCGGUUCGCAAACUUUGUUGUUAGGUGGAGGUGAACUCACCUGGAAACCUGUGGGCGGUAAAAACACGUCUUUUUUUCUCUGUUUGAGGCGCUAGCAGAACAAAGUUUUCUGUCUGAGACUUCCGCGGUUUGCUGGCAGAACAAGUUACCUGGGAUAAAAGACACCCACAACUGUUUCUUCUUAUGCGGUCCCAGGCAGUUUGAGCCAUGCCUGGCCACAGCUCAGGGGCUCCCCAGGCGUCCCGCCACCACUACAAGCACCACACCUCCGGCCACAGGUCAGAAAAGUACAGACAAACUCGGACUAUAUCCAGGGAGAGCACGGCCAGCCAAGAGUCUUACAAGGAUCCUCAUGGGGAGCAUCUACAUGAACACCGCACUGACCACUCCCGGUAUUCAGAGAACAAGUACAGCCGCAGCAGAGGCCACCCACGAAACGGCACAGCACGGGGCUCAGAGACUAUAGGAUUUAUUCCUGGGUCAGCAGACAACACGCCUACCAGCAGACAUGCCUGUGGCUCCUGUGCCUCUAUGGGCUGGAGCAGCUGUAAGGCUCUUAUCUGCUGUGUACUGACCUGUGGAUUUUAUGGCAGCCGAGAGCCCUGUCUGCCUGUUAACGAGAGCUCCACAGACCAUCCCCCUAAAGCAGGUAGUGAUCCUCACCCUCCGAAUGGCCUGGCUGUGACCAACCCAACCUGUGGCAUCCCUUUGGAGUCCAGCAAGGCCACCAAAGCCUCUAAGUUGCCCACAAGUGACAGCUUUCGCUACCCGGAUGUGCGCAUUGCAGGCCAGACAGUAAGGUAUCCGGUUGCUGCCCCCAAACGGACCCGUGCACCGGGCAAAGGGGAAAGUCACCGGCCAGUCAGCAACACUAGCCUGUUAUCCCGAGAGGACUAUGAAUUAGAUGACCUGAGUGACACUGGCACAGACAUUGACUCUCUCAUCACCAAGAAGCUGCUGGAGCUUUAUGCCCUCCACCAGAUUGACCAGCUGGCCAAGUGCACCUCUGACUCAUCUUUCUCCCGCAAGACCAACGAGAUCAGCGAGCUCAUCUACAGCAUCGCUCAGGAUUACAACCUGCAGGAGCAGGAGGCCGAGUGCAAGCUGGUGCACGGAGUCAUCCGCAUCAGCACGCGAAAGGGCAAGAAGAGCCAGGGCCACCAGUCCACAGGACAGCGUCCUAAUGGGAGGAGCGACGGGACUCUCCCUGACAGUGGCAACGAGACCAUGACUAACACCUUCGUGAGCAGUGACUUUCCUGAGGUGAAAGUGUCAGAGCAGACGCCGUCAGAUGAGCUAGCGAGGAAAAUGAGACAUUACAGCGGGAAAACGUACUCCUCCGGCACCACCACAGCCUACUCACCCUACCAUCAUGACACGGAAAGAGACUCUUCAGGCGCCCCUCUGCUUCUCUGAAGGGCAACACCGAAGCAAAAGUACCUGUAUUGACAAGGGAUGUAGCCAAAUAGAUGGACAAUUUUAUCGUUCUCCUAUCAUUUAUGCUGUUACUCAGUGGAGCACCUUUUGGGGUGGUUGUACUUCUCCUUUUCGUGGUCCGGCUAAUGUUUGCUGUUGGAGUGUCAUUUAAAUUCAAGUACAUUUUAUCUUUCCAGCAAAUGAACAUUGAGGAAAGAAUGAGUUUUCUUUUUUACACACAGGGAAAGACAGAGCAAGUGUUGAUGUAUUAGUAUGCAGUGUUUUAACGUUUUUUCAGAAAAAGAAACGUGGUUACACUCCUUUCGGUUGUAGCAGUCAGGCCAUAGGAUAGAGACUGAUGUUAAACAUAACCGUCCUCAUUCUUGUGUGUGUGAUUGUUUAUGCAAGUCAUUGUGUGUGUACAGUAUGUAUGGGUUUAUUGACUCCUGCCAUUUAAAUUCCUUAGAGGCAUGUUUUCAUCUGAAAACUGUAUUGUUAAGCCAUAUUUUGAUGUACAUAUUUUCAAGUCAAUGUUACUUUCUGGGUUGUUAAACCAUUUGUGGCAUUUGGUCACAGUUUUUUUUUUUUACUCACA